GGUUUCGCCCCAUUGUUGCCUCUGCAACAGUCCUGUCCUAUUGGCUAAGCAUGAGCAGACAAACAGAUGGACAAUGGAGCGCCACUAUGAAGAGCUGCUGACUGAGAAUCCUGAUUGGCUGACAGCCUGUGAGCGGAGUCUGAUGGCUGGUAAUUGGUCACAAGGACAAAUAAACAAAACAAUAAUUGAUAAGUUAUCAGGGAUAGCUGAGUAUUUCCAUGGAAACCUGGUUUGUUUUGGUGACAUGACAUGUCACCAAUACAAACCUGGUUUGUUUCCAGACAAGUGAGAACAAGAAGAUGAGAUGAAGAGAAAGUUCAUGAUGAAGAUGAUGACGGUGACACUUUCUGAUCCACUCUGUUGUUUAUGAUCAAGUCCAUAAAUGUCAAUAAUUGACAACUAAUUAAUAAACCUACUUUUCAGUGGAAACAACACGUGACGUUUGUGUGUGUGUGUGAUGGUUAAUCUGUAUGGACUUUCACCUCACUUGCUCACUCACGUUUCUCUCUCUAAGUUUUCUGAGCUCAUUUUCCCAAGACUCACAGCUGAAGGUGACAUGGGCAAAAAACUGAAGAAAACCUGUCAGAAGGAGCAGCUGACUGAACAACCCGUGGAAGAGGAGUCAUGUGUUCCAGAACCAGGAGAACCAAACAAGGUGGCAACAGACAUGAUUUACACCAUUGAAGAUGCUCCACCUUGGUACCUGUGCAUUCUACUGGGACUGCAGCAUUACCUGACCUGCUUCAGUGGGACUGUGGCCGUACCCUUUCUUUUGGCAGAGGCCAUGUGUGUGGGUCGGGACCAGAACACUAUCAGUCAACUAAUCGGAACCAUUUUUACCACAGUCGGAAUCACAACGCUGAUCCAGACCACUGUGGGAAUCAGACUCCCUCUCUUUCAGGCCAGUGCAUUUGCUUUCCUGAUUCCUGCUCAGGCCAUUUUAGGUCUAGAUCGUUGGAAGUGUCCCACUGAAGAAGAAAUUUAUGGAAACUGGACACUUCCUCUAAACACAUCUCAUGUUUGGCAGCCACGGAUCAGAGAGAUUCAGGGUGCUAUCAUUGUGUCUAGUGUUCUGGAACUUCUGUUGGGUCUGUGUGGGCUACCAGGUCUGCUGCUCGACUAUAUUGGCCCACUGACCAUAACACCAACCAUCUCUUUGAUUGGCCUGUCAGUCUUUACCACAGCUGGAGACAGAGCUGGGUCUCACUGGGGUCUUUCAGCGCUGUGUAUUUUGCUGAUUGUACUCUUUGCUCAGUAUCUCAGAUCGACAUCACUUCCUGUUCCAGUUUACAGUCGUGGAAAAGGCCUGACAUCAACCAGAGUCCAGGUCUUUAAGAUGUUUCCGAUCAUCUUAGCCAUCCUACUGGCAUGGCUUGUCUGUUACGUGCUCACUUUGACCAACUUGUUGCCAAGCAACCCUGAAAAGUACGGACAUAAAGCUCGGACUGAUGCCCGUGGAGACAUUAUAACAUCAGCACCCUGGUUCAGGAUCCCCUACCCCUGUCAGUGGGGACUACCAGUGGUGACGGUUGCUGGUGUUUUGGGAAUGUUGAGUGCGACUCUUGCUGGAAUCGUGGAGUCAAUCGGAGAUUAUUAUGCUUGUGCUCGUCUGUCUGGAGCCACCCCCCCUCCAGUCCAUGCCAUCAAUAGGGGAAUCUUCACGGAGGGAGUGUGUUGCAUCAUUGCUGGUCUCUUAGGAACAGGCAAUGGCUCCACUUCCUCCUCUCCGAAUAUUGGCGUACUUGGCAUCACCAAGGUGGGCAGCAGACGGGUGGUGCAGUAUGGAGCAGGAAUAAUGUUCCUGUUGGGAUCCAUUGGAAAGUUCACAGCACUGUUUGCAUCACUUCCAGAUCCGAUUCUCGGUGGAAUGUUCUGCACACUAUUUGGCAUGAUCACGGCUGUGGGGCUGUCAAACCUACAGCUGGUGGACCUCAACUCCUCCAGAAACCUCUUUGUUCUUGGAUUCUCCAUGUUUUUUGGUUUGACACUGCCAGCAUACUUGGACUCACACCCAAACUCUAUACAGACAGGUGUAGCCGAACUAGAUCAGAUUCUCACAGUUCUUCUGUCCACCGAAAUGUUUGUUGGAGGUUUUCUGGCCUUUUGUCUUGACAACACCAUACCAGGAACUAGAGAGGAAAGAGGUUUGGUGGAAUGGACAUCAUUUUCUUCUUCUUCUUUGUCUUCAUCUUCAUCCUACGACCUGCCACUAGUCACGCCCUUCAUCAGACGGAUAUCAUGGCUCCGCUGGUUUCCCAUCAGCCCCUCUUUCACAGGUUUCAGGGCUUCAGAAAAAGACGACCUAAAAAAAGAAGUGGAGGAAAACACUGACCCCAUCAUUACCCGGGUGUGACUGUGAUGUCACCAGCCAUUGUGAUAUCAUUAUCUGCCACUCAGAUGUCACCCAUCACUGACGUCAUGAUCUGCCACUGUGAUGUCACCAUCACAAUGUAAAAAAAAAACCCAAAAUCAAAGCUGCUUAAAAGAGAUGAAAAUUCUUGAAUUCUUUUUUACAGAGAGUAAAAUUUAAAUCUUAGAUGACAUUUUAUCAUCAACAACAAUAAUAAUAAUACGUGAAACAAUAGUAUUUUCUGAUUGUGAUACAUUUGAAAUCUCAAUUCAAAGUGGAGUCAGUUUGGUUUUGUAGGUUUUAGUCAAAGUUGCCUGUUUGUCCAUUGUGGGCUACUGUAGUUCCUGACAACAAACAAACAAACUGGAACCAUAAAAAACAAAAGCACAAUAAAACUUACAUUUUUGUUUUGUUUGUGAUACAAGGAUAUCAAAUAGUUUUUAUCAUAUGAUGAGAUCAUGAUGGCAUCAUAAGUAGAUGUUUAUAAAUAUUUAAAUUUUCUUUUUUAAACAUUGUAUUUAGGUUUGUUUUGAAUGAAACGGUUUUAAACAGAACAUUCCUGAAAUGUAUUGAUUUCACUUUUGUCUUUCAACGAAAUAUUUCUUAGUUCAUUUAGGAUGUUUUUUUAUGUUACCACUCCGCUCAACUGGGGAACGUCAUCUGACAGUCCCAACACCUUCACAUUGAUGGAAUGAAGGGGGAGGUUUGAAGACCCAGUUAUUCAGAGAGCACCUCCUGUUCUAGCACUUUCCUGUACGUUCCUUCUCCUUCUGCACUGAUCUCCACCCUAGUUAAGACGUCCCACUUUGAUAAAUGGCCGUCUCCUUCAAGAGUUCCUCCAUGAAGCUUGAUUUAUUGUACAUAAUUUUGGUAAAAGUCUGAAUCUCAGUUUGGGUUCAUUUAAUUCUGGUUAAUCUCAUUCUGGUUCCAGUGUGAUUGUGAACAACUACCUUAGGUUGAAGUUCUUGGUCAUGUGACCACAGUGCUUUCUUUGUUUGACAUGUUGGUCCAAGAGACGAUGAUGUCAUCAGGGAGAGGUGUAAUAUAGGUCACGUCAACAUGGUGACAUGUGAGUGAAGUUUACUGAUGGUGAAAUCAUAAAGGGCAGACAGGGGGCGCUGUACAGCAGUUCAACUGCCAUUGGUUUGAACUGCAUCAGGGACGGAACAUUAGCACCAGUGGCUUGCCGCACCGCUAAGACGGUGCUGGUCACAGGAAGUUUGGAAGUAGCAAACAGGAAGUACUGUGUUGUUCUGGACAGGGCUUGCUGUUAGGAGGAAGACUUAAAGGAACCGACCUGUUUCUGGAUCCAGUAGUACCUUGCUUUGAGGCAGUGGUGUGUCUCAAAGCAAGGUGCAGACUGACUCCCUCUGCACAGACUUGGUGUCGACUAUUUUAGGAAGGUGAUUGACACACAAGGCUACAGCUGCACAGACCCCAGGUCAGAGUAGAACUGAACUGAUCAGGUCUGUUGAAGUCCAGUCCUUGUUUGUAUCGACCACGUUCACAAAACGAGAAUAAAAGAGAUUUUAUUUAAA